ACACUCUCUCACUACAAAAAACACAACACAUUACUAAUCCCGAGGAUCUGUCUCUUUUUCUCUGCAACACUUUCCAAUCUAUCAUUUUAACGUACGAUUUACUACUUCAUCAUCAACCCGUGUUUCUUGUGGUUAGUUCCAACGUAACGUGUUUAACUGUUCCCCCACACUCAUUUAUCAUUAUACGGUUACAUUACAACUUGUUUUCUUAUUAGUACAACAACCUCUUCUGUGUUUCGUCCUUUUACUUUACGUGAGUUCUUCUUAUCCUCACACACACACGCGCGCGCUCAAUUUUGUUUCCUUGUUUUCACUGUUUCAAAUGUUGCUUUCGGCUAGUGGAACAUUGCUGUUGAGUCUCUGGAAAAACAGCUGCCCAAGAUUGUUUAUGCACUUUUAUGGUGGUGAAAGCUGAAGCACAAUUCUGAGAAGUUACGGACUUUAGGAGCUUGUCAAGGUCCGAGGAGGCACUUGUCAAGAUGAAAGUUAAUGAAGUGAUUGAUAAUCACUCCACUGAUUUGGAGAAAGAGCAAAAAGAAGGGAAUGAAGAUGUAUACGACACCGACACAACCAAGGAUUCAUUAUCAUCUCAAGGUGAUUCUUUCACAAAUGAAGAUGUUAAAGUAGAGAAAGCUUCAAAAGAUCCUAAAAAUAAGGUUAGAGCGAAUUCUUUAGAAAGCAAUCGUGGAUCAAGGGAGAGAUCUGAUAGAAAAACAAAUAAACUGCAAUCAAAGGUAUCAGGUAGCAAUCAAAAGAAAUCUAUAAACUCAAAUAAAGGUCCUUCAAGAGUAACAAACAAAAAUACUUCAACCAAUACUAAGCCAGUGAAAGUUCCUGCAAAAGUUUCUUCGGAAUCUUCUGAAGGAGUUGAUGAAAAACCUGUUAUAGAGGUUAAGGAAAUUGAAAUUUUGGAUGGAUCUUCUAAUGGCGCUCAAAGUGUAGGAAGUGAAGAUGAAAUUCAUGAAAUUGUUAAUGCUGAAGAAAAUGGUGAAGGCGAGGAUGGUGCGGCUAUGAAAUCAAAAAUUAAAGAAAUGGAAUCACGAAUUGAAAAUCUUGAAGAGGAACUGAGAGAAGUUGCUGCUCUUGAGGUAUCACUUUAUUCUAUUGUACCAGAGCAUGGUAGCUCAGCACAUAAGGUUCACACACCUGCUCGGCGCCUUUCUAGGCUCUAUAUACAUGCUUGUAAGCAUUGGACCCCAAAAAGGAAAGCAACAAUUGCCAAGAAUGCUGUUUCCGGCCUUAUUUUGGUUGCUAAAUCAUGCGGUAAUGAUGUUUCAAGGUUAACUUUCUGGUUGUCAAACACUAUUGUGCUGAGAGAGAUAAUUUCACAAGCAUUUGGGAAUUCAGGUCAAGUCAGUCCCAUUAUGAGGUUGGCUGGGUCAAAUGGGUCUGUCAAGAGGAAUGAUGGGAAGUCUGCAUCACUGAAAUGGAAAGGUAUCCCAAAUGGUAAAUCAGGAAAUGGUUUUAUGCAGACCGGUGAAGAUUGGCAAGAGACCGGAACCUUUACGCUUGCCUUAGAAAGAGUCGAAUCAUGGAUCUUUUCUCGGCUAGUAGAGUCUGUGUGGUGGCAGGCUUUGACUCCUUAUAUGCAAUCUUCGGUUGGGGACUCCUGUUCAAAUAAAUCUGCUGGGAGGCUGCUAGGACCUGCUCUAGGUGAUCACAAUCAAGGAAAUUUUUCCAUCAAUCUUUGGAGAAACGCUUUCCAAGAUGCUUUUCAAAGACUCUGUCCUCUUCGAGCAGGAGGGCACGAGUGUGGUUGUUUGCCUGUGAUGGCAAGAAUGGUCAUGGAACAGUGCAUAGAUAGAUUAGAUGUUGCGAUGUUCAAUGCAAUUCUUCGGGAAUCAGCCUUGGAGAUCCCAACUGAUCCAAUAUCAGAUCCGAUUGUGGAUUCAAAGGUUUUGCCGAUUCCAGCAGGAAACUUAAGCUUUGGAUCUGGUGCACAGCUAAAAAAUUCGGUUGGCAAUUGGUCUAGAUUGCUCACUGAUAUGUUUGGCAUUGAUGCUGAAGAUUGUUCGGAAGAAUAUCCAGAGAACAGUGAGAACGACGAAAGGCGGGGUGGACCUGGUGAACAGAAAUCAUUUGCGCUCCUUAACGACUUGAGUGACCUUCUAAUGCUCCCAAAAGACAUGCUUAUGGAUAGACAAGUCAGCCAGGAGGUAUGUCCAUCCAUUAGUCUUUCAUUGAUUAUACGGGUUCUCUGUAACUUCACUCCGGAUGAGUUCUGUCCUGACGCGGUUCCAGGAGCUGUCUUGGAGGCCUUGAACGGGGAGACUAUUGUGGAGCGAAGAAUGUCAGCGGAGUCCAUUAGAAGCUUCCCUUAUAGCGCGGCUCCAGUUGUGUAUAUGCCUCCCUCGUCAGUCAAUGUGGCAGAGAAAGUUGCAGAGGCAGGAGGAAAGUGUCACCUGACGAGGAAUGUAUCGGCCGUUCAGCGGAGAGGAUAUACAAGCGAUGAAGAACUUGAGGAACUUGAUUCGCCGCUUUCAUCUAUCAUUGAUAAGGUUCCUUCAUCUCCAACGGUUGCUACUAAUGGAAAUGGUAAUCACGAAGAGCAAGGGAGUCAAACCACCACAAAUGCCAGAUAUCAACUACUUCGUGAAGUUUGGUCCAUGUGAUGUGAAUCUUGUGAAACGAAAUGCACAUGUAUACUCUUUACUACAGUAAAAAUGAAUGUCAGGAAUUUAGGAAUGCUGAAUUCAGAAGAUUAAAAAAUAUGGAAUAAACAGACAAGAUAUUUUGGAAUUCUUCAUUACUAGGGAAAAUUAAGGCUCAAUUUCCCUUCCUUUUUUGGGUGUAUAUAAAUAUAAGUCCUUAAGAGUAGCAUUAAAGAAUUCGUUCUGUUUAAUGUUUACCUUCUUCAUGUUUGUUUGAUAAAAGUUCUUUUUGUAAUAUCAAUUUUUUGUAAUCAAAAGAGUGUGUACAAACUUCUUUUACAAGGCAUAAGCAUCGGAAUACGACAUUGGAGGUUUAACUUGAUAGUUCAUCAUCAUCGAUAUAUGCUUAUUAAGGAUGAUGGGUUUAGGAAUUCAUGGCCUUGGUACAUAUUUUAAUCAAAA